CGCAGUUACUUACAUUCUUCAACACCGGUCGUCCAAUUUGGCCUCUGGCCCUUUUUCCGCUCUUUUUCGACGAACAACGACCAUUACACAAAAAUGACAGUCGACGACAAAUGGAUAGGCUUAGCGCUCGCUGUUUCUAGCUCUAUGGCCAUCGGGAUGAGUUCAAUCAUCACAAAGAAGGGAUUAAAUGCUGCUGCUGGGGAAGGAACAUACGGUGCAGCUGCCUCGGACAAUCUUUCUUACCUCAAGAACGGCGUCUGGUGGGCAGGAAUUUCGACUUUAAUAUUGGGAGAAGUCGCCAAUUUCGCUGCCUAUACCUUUGCACCUCCCAUCCUCGUUACUCCCCUGGGCGCUCUCAGUGUCUUAAUUGGUGCUGUUUUGGCAUCUUUCUUGCUGAAUGAAGAACUGGGGCAUCUUGGACGGGUUGGAUGUGCCCUUUCUUUGAUUGGCUCUCUGAUCAUCGUCCUUCAUGCACCUGAGGACAAGGAAGUAGAAACCGUGGAUGAAAUUUUAGGAUACGCAGUGCAACCCGGCUUCUUGCUCUAUGUCUUCACUGUGCUUGUGUUUUCCAUGGUAAUGAUAUACGUGGUCGCGCCUCGUUAUGGGAAAUCAAAUCCUCUCGUCUUCAUUUCAAUAUGCUCCGUAGUCGGCUCAGUUUCAGUAAUGUCAAUCAAAGGCUUUGGAAUAGCUGUCAAGUUAACUUUCGGAGGAAAAAACCAAUUUACGCGUCCCAGCACCUACUUGUUCGCGAUCGUCUCAACAUUCUGUAUCCUUGUUCAAAUGAAUUACUUUAACAAAGCGCUAGACGCGUUUUCUGUUAAUAUUGUAAAUCCCAUGUAUUACGUCGGUUUCUCCACCGCCACAAUUGUGGCUUCCCUCAUCCUUUUCCAAGGAUUCAACACCACGGACACUACGAAUACAGUUUCUCUUCUAUGUGGUUUCGUCGUCAUAUUUUUAGGAGUUCACAUCCUCAACCUCUCUCGUCGGUCAAACGAUGAUGCUCUUCUCUCAACAGACGCAGGCGUCCUCGAUCGACCACUUAAUUUCACCGGAAGACUAUCUCUAGACGGAUGGCAUGGUAUUGUCGAAGGUGGACGGCCGGAAGGUGGUUCACAUCGAAUGACUCAUGGUCGCCAAAGCUCUCUGUACCGUUCACAAACUUCUACGCUAUUCAAUGCAUUUGAAGGUGAAGAAGAUACGAGUAGGCACGAGCAUGUUGGACUACAUCAACUUCGGGAGGAAGACGAGUCUGAUGACGAUGACGCGAAUGAGUUGACUCGUUUGCGCAGCGUACCCGAAAGGCAGGUGGAUCCCAGGAGAAGUGCGUCAAGAAGUCACAGUAAUUCGCCGCAACCUCCUAAUCAUCGGUCGCUAGCCGACGUGCGCCCAUCUCCAAGGCAGGUUUAGGUCCGAGAGGGGUGCAUAGACCUAAAUUACUUAUCGUAGAUCAUAUCCGUAUUUUGUAAAAUCAGACCUUUUGGACAUUGUAAUUCCUUUAUGUAUCUUUCGGGGUUAUGUAUUUUCGUGUGCCCGAUCCUGAUUCAUCUAAGGAUAUAUACCGGAAGGACUCCUAAGGACACCAUUGAUGAAGCAAGGCUUCUUGGACCCCUUACCAUAGCCUAC